CACAACAAAAAAGGAAAGUAAUGGAAAUGUUCUUUUCUCUUCCACGGCGGGGCAGCGUUUCUACACAUUAACGAGUCCUGGCGUUAAGAGAGAAUUGAACUCCGCCGCCCGAUUUAUCAACUGUGAUUUCGCUCCAAAGCUAUAAAAGUGCGUGCGCACGUGCUGCCUCUCGAGCGAUGCACAACACGCAAGGAGGUUUACUGCUGCUCUAUUUCAUGACUGUUAUCCUUCUUUUUUUUUUAAAAAAAACAACCCAAACUACUGACUCUUCGAAAAGUUUUGCAAUGACGUCCACACCUGUGAGUGAUGCUGAGGACUGAAAAGUGGGGAUUUAAAAUGAACACAAAUGGCAGCAUAUUGACGAACGUUUCCUCGCUGCCCCCUCACGAGCUCUCACUCAGCCGUCCUGCGUGGCUCUCUAGCACUCUGGGGAGCGUGCUCAUCUUCACCAUCGUGGUCGACAUACUUGGCAACCUGCUCGUUAUUUUCUCCGUGUACAGGAAUAAGAAGCUCAGAAACGCAGGGAAUAUCUUUGUGGUGAGCCUGGCAGUAGCAGACCUAGUGGUGGCAGUUUAUCCCUACCCACUGGUGCUGAUGUCUAUUUUCAACAAUGGAUGGAACAUGGGAUUCUUACAUUGCCAAAUCAGUGGCUUUCUGAUGGGACUAAGUGUCAUUGGGUCAAUAUUUAACAUUACUGGCAUUGCUUUGAACCGGUACUGCUACAUUUGUCACAGCCUCAAGUAUGACAAGCUCUACAGUGACAAAAACUCAGUGUGCUAUGUCAUCCUAAUCUGGAUCCUGACUGUUGUUGCUAUAGUGCCGAACUUCUUCGUGGGCUCGCUGCAGUAUGACCAGCGGGUGUACUCGUGCACAUUUGCACAGUCAGCCAGUUCGGCCUAUACCAUCGCCGUGGUCUUUUUCCACUUCAUUCUUCCCAUACUGGUGGUCACCUAUUGCUAUUUGAGGAUCUGGAUUCUGGUCAUCCAGGUGCGAAGACGCGUCAAGCCUGAGUUCCGAACCAAGCUUACACCACAUACAGUGAGAAAUUUUGUCACCAUGUUUGUGGUGUUUGUGCUUUUUGCUAUCUGUUGGGCUCCGCUAAACUUUAUCGGCCUGGCUGUUGCUGUGAACCCUGAACGGGUGGCACCUCUCAUCCCAGAGUGGCUUUUUGUGUUCAGUUAUUUCAUGGCUUACUUUAACAGCUGCCUAAAUGCUAUUGUCUAUGGACUACUCAAUCAAAACUUUAGACAAGAGUACAAAAAAAUAAUUAUCUCAUUUUGCACUGCUAGAAUGUUCUACCCAGACAGCUCUAAUGAUGCUGCAGACAGGAUAAAAAUUAAGCCAUCUGCUUUAAUGUCAAACAACAACCAAGAGAAAGUAGAAUCAGUGUAAACACAAAGAGUGAGCAACAAAUACUCCAAAUACACAUCUGGAAACCUUGGAACUGUAAAUGGUAUUAUGUAGUAAAGUAAAUACAGUAUAAACAAUGUAUUUAAACACACUUGUUGUGUAGAUUAUACUUUCUUACAUCUUUGUUUCAAAAUGGGAAAAGACCUAUUUUUUUAUCAUGACAAUUUUAGUUGACAUUCUGAAGUCAGUUUCAGUAGGUGCACAAAUGUUUUCUCAGAGUAAAAAAAAAAAGAAGAGUAUUAGAUUUUACAUACAGUUUUAUUUAAAUAAUUAUUUUAUCUUAAAAGAAGUUGUCUAUGGCACAUGAAAAAGACUUGAAGCUUACCAAAUGAUUGUUAGAAUGGUUUUUUUUUAACAUACCAUAGUUAGCAAGGUUGUUAAUUAGCUGUUAACAAAUAUAUAGUAUUUUAACCCCUUUUAUAGAUUGGUGAACAAACUCAAACUAGCAGUAAUUUCACCAACUGUAAAGAAAUGUUGCCUUUAUGUUUUUUUAUAGUUUAACAUUGUUUUUUUAGUCUGUUUUAAAUUUCCUGUAAAUGAAUAAAAUAUUUUAAAUAAACUAAAGUUUGACAGGAAGAUAAAAUAAAAGUGCUGGAAAUUUUUAUCAUGGAAGACUGAAAAGGUAAAGCAGUAUUUUCAGGUCAUAUGGGGAAUCUUUAUGAUCACUAUAAAUUGGUGAUAACAAUCUGUUUCUAUUUGUGCAUGCUUAAAGUUCUGUGUUCAAAACACCAUUAUUGUGUCACUUCGCAGUCAGAAGUUAUACAUGCUUUAAGUUAUAAAUUACUUUAUUGUUCAUCAUAAACCAACAUGACUGAACAUAUGUUUUUGUUGUAUUUGUUCUGGUAAAUGUGUAAAUUGAAAUUCAAUGUACAGCUGCCUUUGAACAAGGCCAAACAGGGUAUUUAUUUUCAUAUCAUUAGCACAAUUAGAUUAUGUUGAAAUGCAACUGUGAAUGUAAUAUUCUAAUUAUAAUCGACUGAAUUUAUGAUAGAAUAUGUUUGUUAUGUUGUCAUAUUCUUGUAUAUUGCUAUACAGCCUUGCUUUUAUUCAUCCAAGUCUAUUUUGUAAAAAACAAAUCAAAUGGAUUAGAUCACCUGAGCAGAACCGGAUUUCUGGGCUGAAUGAUGUGUUCUACAGAUGUUUCUAUCACAAUGAUGUCUCCUGUAGGUUGCCUUGAAAUGAAAAAUCAGUUUGCCGGAUAUCUGUCAGCAGUAGAAUCAGAUGUUGAGCUAGGCUUUUAUCCAUGCACGAUUCUUUCAUAGAAUGAUUCAUCCUGUGCAUCCUGGCCAUACAGCAAGUACAAUCCCUGAGCUAUUUUUAAGUGCAAGUUGCUGUGUCCAUGCCCACAGAUGGUUGUUUCUAUGCUUAGAGCUGAAUGUGUCUGUAUAUCUGUGGAAGCUGAAGUAAAAGCAUUUUGUGUU